AUGGUUCGUGGAUCAAAGAGAGCUCCGAAAAAAGUGGAGAAGGCUCCCAAAAAAGAAAAAGGAGCAUCAAUCGAAGAAUUCGACGAUAUCGAGUCAGAGGACGAGGGCCCAAACCCGGGAUUCGCAAUCCCAUUGUUUCGUGCGGAGGUGGCGCAGGUGCUGGCGGCUGUCACCGAAAAAGAUAUAACUAUCGAGGAAGAAGCCAUGAAAGCUCUUCAGACGGCGUCUGAGGAUAUUUUGGAUAAGGCGUUCAGGAUCGGUGUAGUUAUAGCGGCUGCCAACAAUCGGACGGAAUUGAGAGGCGAUGAUAUGGAUUCCGCGGAGAGAGUUUUCUUGAAAUUGAAUGAUUUUAAAAAUAAAGAUAAAUAA